ACUCUUGAAACAGGUUGCAUACAACUUACAAUUGUGGGACGCUUUUACUUUUGCUUCGGAGUGGCCAUCUUCACCAGACACGAUCUACGGCAGCACAGAUCGGUAGAGCAGCAUUGUCCUGAAUCAGGGGGAGAUGGGCUGAGGCGCAGAGGACAGCCCCAACAACACGAUACAACAGGCGCCGACUGAGGUAGCUACUGAUGGGACAACUCGGUUAACUAAAGCUGGACUUCUUCCUGGUCUCGCUUGCCCCCUGCUUCUCCUCCUCCGCUCCCGGCCUCAGCAGGCCGGGGAAUGUCCCGGUGGCGAGAUGCCUUACGUGGACCGACAGAACCGCAUCUGUGGCUUUCUGGACAUCGAGGAGAAUGAGGGCAGCGGCAAGUUCCUGCGGCGGUAUUUCAUACUGGACACCCAGCAGGGGAGCCUGGUGUGGUUCAUGGACAACCCACAGAACUUGCCUGUCGGUACAGACUGUGUUGGCUCCCUAAAGCUCACUUACAUCUCUAAGGUCAGCGAUGCCACCAAGCUCAGGCCUAAAGCAGAGUUCUGUUUUGUCAUCAAUGCUGGGAUGAGGAAGUUCUUCCUGCAGGCCAAUGAUCAACAGGACCUCGUGGACUGGGUCAGCGCUCUUAAUAAAGCCACCAAGAUCACCGUGCCAAAGUUGAUUGACGGCCAGCAGAACUCUGAAAACCUGAAGGGUUUACCAGAUGUAGCAGUGCCCAAGAAGCAGGUGUCCUACAAGACUGAAAUCAUUGGAGGAGUGCCUAUUGUUACCCAGACACAGCAUGACGGCGGCGACUGCGCAGACAGAGCAGAGCGAGAGGCCAUUCAUCGCUCCCACAGCCAGCUGCCGUAUUUCCUGAGUAAGCCGGCUCAGGAUCACACCGUCAUCAAGUCGGGUUACUGCGUCAAACAGGGAGCAGUGAUGCGGAACUGGAAGCGACGAUAUUUCCUCCUGGAAGAAAAUUCCAUGAGUUACUUCAAGUCAGACUCGGAAAAAGAGCCUCUCAGAAUUAUUCCACUGAAGGAAGUUCACAAAGUGCAGGAGUGCAAACAGAGUGACAUCAUGAUGAGAGAUAAUCUGUUUGAAGUCGUCACCACAUCAAGGACGUUUUACAUCCAGGCUGACAGUCCGGAGGAGAUGCACAGCUGGAUAAAGGCGGUCUCAGCUGCCAUCGUAGCCCAGCGGGGGCCUGGGAGGUCAGCUGCCACAAUGCGGCAGGCCAGACGGCUGUCGAACCCUUGUAUACAGAGGUAUACGUCCCGAAUCGGGGAGUGCAGCAGCACGAACAUGGCAACCGCACCAGUUUCUACCGCAGCCCCACGGCUCCCCGCGUCCCUCCCUCGCCCUCAUCUGCAGUGCCACAGUGCUUCCCCGAGUGGGGGGCCGCUGUCCCGUGCGGCGCACGGACGCAGCCUGGCGUGGGACAGCGAGCACUUCAUGAGCUUGCUGCCGCGCCCCAACCACAGCAGCACCACAGCGCGCCUGUCCCUGCAGGAGACGCCCCCGGCAAAGUGACCGCCCCGCCCCCCGUGAUCUCCAUCCCCGUCCCAGAGGAGUCGCCGUGGCGACGGCGGAGCAGCUUCGAGCCCGACGUACUGGAAAUUCCUCUGGACCUGGAGGAUGCAGACCUGCCAGUUAGCGAGGUCUGACCGAUCGGCGUGCAGCUCCGGUCUGACGGCGUCGGGGAGUUAGACCGCCGCGCCGUUGGGUCACCGCUAAACUGAGCUUCAAGUGCCAAAGACGAUCCAGUCUCCACCUCCCACCACCUGCCCCCACACCGCCACUACAGCACAGCUAUUUACCAGAAUUCUGACGAAAACUUAAGGAUGAGCCUCUAUUCUGACCCGAACAGGCUCAAAGAUUUCUGUUCAACAAGGGAGAUCUUUCUUCUUUUUUACUGAUCUGUUUUGUCUUUCAGUUCUAAACUUUAAGGUUCGUUUAUUCACUCGUUAAUAACACUGGAUGAAACACUACAAGACAAAUGUACAAACUGAACCAUUUUCUACACAUUUUAACACGACCUCAUCCUCUCUGUGCUUUAUGGAGUUAAAUCCGUGUGUUUCCCAACAUUUAAGUGUAUCAGUUUGGAUUCAAGGAAAGUAUUUUAGGUCUUCAUAAACAGGUUCUGACAGUUUAAAGAUCUGCAUGCUAAUAUUUUAUUGCCUCUUCAGGUUUUUUUUUUGUUUUUUAUUUUUUAGCUACAGUCGUUUCUUGUGAGAUGGAUUUAUUUUUUAUAUGCUUUUACUCUUCCCCAAAUCUUUUUUUUCCCCUCCUCACUUCUUGGUGCCGGUUCUGUUUAAAACAGCUGCCUCAUGAUGAAGGGAGAAAAAAAAAAAAAAAAACAUCCAACAAACGUCCCACUCUCCUGUUGCUAAAGAUGCACAACCGUCUGUUUUUAAAGCGCCUGUCUUACUUCAGUUUGCUAAAGCCGUUUUACUUCUUUUCCGUCUGAUGUAACUAGUUUGAUUUGUCUGUAUUUAUUAUGUGGAUGACUUGAAAGAAAUAAACACUGAAAAUGUG